AUGCCUCCUUACCUUUUCGAUCCUAACCAGGGCUUAGCCUAUCCAACUUCCGGCGACAUGUGGAACGGAGAGCCGGAUGGCAUCUAUCCCCGUCGCCGCCGCGGCCCUCCAAACCCCCCGAAUAGCCCGAAUCGUCGUCCUGGUUUCAUCCCCAAUAGCCUCAGCAGUUAUAUCCCUCCGGCGAACUCUACCGCCGGUUUGGGCCCUCUGAACAUCAAUCGCCCCAACUCUGUCGAUGGCUCGUUCGAUGCCAGGGUGUUAUAUGGGGAUCGUAUUGCCAACGAGAUCGCGCGGCUCAUUACUCAAGGCCAGAAUCGCAUCGGAAACCCGUCUGGCAACAGCAUUCCGCAAUUAAGUGGUGGGGCUGUGCCGCCGAUUCAACACCGUGAUGCCCUCCGGGGUCUUCGCUUCGGUGACCCCCCGACGCCCGAUGACGAUGGCAACAUGCGUCCUCGUGCUGACGCAUCUCUGGAAUCAUCUCUGAACCUCUUUGCGCUGUUGGCUCGUAACGGGUUCAAUCGCUGGCCUGGCGUAGGCCAGAACCCGCAGCCAGGCAUGGCUCCCCCCAUUGGUCCCCUAGGCACCAUCUCCCAUACCUCGGGACCCGCCAUCCCUCCUAGCAUGAUUCCCUCUGGCAUUUUCCCUCACGGAGCUGGCCCCCCCGGUUCUGUGCCCCCCGGACCUACCCCUCCAGGAGCUGUCCCUUCAGGCACGGCUCCUUUUGGUGUUGCACUGGCUGCUAUUCCCAUGGGCGCUGCUCCGCCAGGCAAUCCUCCGCCGGACACUGUUCCCCCGGCGUUUGGGCCCCCUCCAGGAAACCCGAAUAUACAGCGGCCUAUGCCAGCUGCGGGAGCGCCACCUCCGCCCCCUGGGCCGGUGCCCCCGCCGCGAUGGAGGCUUUCCGACUUCGAUCCAGAGUUGUUCCCUCCUCGCGAAUGGAAUCCAAACAGUUUGAAUGCGCCCAGGACCCAAACAGCCGAUAGUCAGCGCCCUGCGCCAAGUGGCUCUCGUCUCGGCCAUCGUUCCCUCCCAAGUGGGUCUGGACCGAGUCUCGGUAGGCCGCUUCCACGCCGUUACGAUCCCAGUAAUGAUCGUCUCCUUGGCGGCCAGUCCUCCAACAGCAUUUACCAUCCCUCCGUGCGGGGCAAUCCCUCUGUUUCGAGGGACUUGGACCCUACCGCUCCGCCUUUCAUGCCCAUAAUACGUCGAUAUUUCAACGGCACAGAGCCCGCAUCGUCUUCACAUGCCCGUCAGGGUCCGCCGCCACUGCGCUCUCCCAGCAGCCCCAACUUUCGCUCUGGUCGCCGUUCCCGUGGCCGUAACCGUAACCGCGUCAAUGGUGCGAGAAACGGUAACAACGAUGAUAACCAUGAAACACGUCGCAGACGCAUACAGGAGGACCGUGACAUUCGACGCCGCCGCCGCCGCCGCCGCCGCCGCCGCCACGCUUGGAGGAGGGAGGCAUUGAAUCUCGUCAACGAGUUACAGGAGUGUGGAAACCGAUUAUCGAGAGUGGCGGGUAAUGAAGAUGGCCGCUUAGACCGAAUUAUGCAGAGGCUCAAUGUCUUGGAAGAGCAGGCGAGACACUGGUUUAUAGAGAGUUCAAGCAGUGAACCUGCUGGAUCACGCACGGAGAGCAGUGCCCAGCUGGACGACGAUUUGGAUGCGGUCAUGGCCGCUGCAGAGCCUGUAUCCGAGCCGGAAAAGCCCGCAAAUGAUGCGACGGAAGAAGCAGCUCACAAUCCGGCAGAGCUGGAGCGAGGCUUAGAACAGGAGAGCACAAGUGCUGCGAUGGAGGUUGUGGCUCCUCCCGGCCGCGGGAGCCACUUCUGCCCUAUUCAAGAGCGGCUUAGUAGUGGGGACGGAGAUGACAGAGGUUUUGUUUCAAUCACCAUUCGGGAGAACGAGAAUGGUGAGUUGGAAGUCAUUGAAAACUCCAGCACUGGCGAAAGUGAUAACGAGAACAGCGAAGAUUCAGCCGAGUGGAUCUAUGUCGAACCUAGUAGCACCAACAAUUCUGAUGAUGACAUGGAGUGGCCCCAAGCUUCCGAUCCUUCUGGCGAUUUGGUCCGCUACAUCAUCAAUAACGAGGAUGAUACCCUCUCGUGGAUAGACUGGCGUUCUGUCGGCUCUGUCAGUGAUCUUUUGAGUGGGCUUGUAAGCGCCGCGAGUACGAGAUUGAAUUCCGGGGUUCAGAGUCGUGCCGAGCCGGCGUCUAGGGAGGGGAGUCCCGUGGGGAGCCUAAGAGCUGAGUAUGGGGACGAAGAAGAGAGAGAAGAGGACGAGGUGAUGAGUUCUCCUCCCACUGGUUUGGGUAUUUUGUUUGUUCCGGAACGACAGAUGGCCAAAUCUGAACUCAGCGGCACCCCUAAAAUCGUCCUUCCCUAG